ACUCGAUGAUGGUCACCAUCCUAUUCUUAUCUCCUUUAUCUGGUUUAAUGGUCUCUUUCUGAAAUCAGGGUCCCUGCUUCGAGCCCAAUUCCCCCAGACGGCCAUGCCCGGGCGCGUAAUUGACAAAGUGCCGGCGGGGGGGGGGCGGUUUCCUCCCCCUAGAGAGGCACAUUAGUCGCUGGGUGUAUUUCGGGGGGUCUCCCCCCACCCCACCCCGGCUGCUGCCAAUCCGCGGUCCCCAUCCGCCCGGCCGGGGGCUGCCGGAGAAGCCCCACCCCGCGCACACGGCACCUGGGGCAGGUCGGGCACCUCCGCCCCGGGGAGCCUCCCGCGGCUCUGCCGGCGGCGGGGGCCGGGCUCGGGGGUCGGCGGGGGCCGGGCUCGGGGGUGGGUGGGCCCCGGUCCCAGGCGGCGAGGGGCCGGCAGGGUGGCGCCAGCCGGCGGGGAUAUAAGGCCGGCGGGCUGAGCCCCCCGGGGGAGCUCCCCCGCCGGCCCCCUCGGCGCCUUAUGAACCCGGCCGGCUUCUCCUACUUCCCGGCCAUGGGCACCCCGCCGCCCGGCUCCCCCCUCGCCGCCCAGCCGGAGCCCGGGAGCCCGGAGGCGCCGCCGCCGCCGCCGCCCGCCCCGGAGGCCGGCUCGUCGGGCGGCGGGCGGCGGCGCAAGCGGCCGGUGCCGCGGGGCAAGCCGCCCUACAGCUACAUCGCGCUGAUCGCCAUGGCCCUGGCCCACGCGGCCGAGCGGCGCCUGACGCUGGGCGGCAUCUACCGCUUCAUCACCGAGCGCUUCCCCUUCUACCGCGAGAACCCCAAGAAGUGGCAGAACAGCAUCCGCCACAACCUCACCCUCAACGACUGCUUCGUCAAGGUGCCGCGCGAGCCGGGCCGCCCGGGCAAGGGCAACUACUGGGCGCUGGACCCGGCGGCCGAGGACAUGUUCGACAACGGCAGCUUCCUCCGCCGCAGGAAGCGCUUCAAGCGGGCCGACCUGGCCGCCUACCCGGCCUACCUGCCGGCCGCCGCCGCCUCGGCCUUCAGCCCGGCCAACGCCGCCGCGCCGCCGCCGCCGCCGCCCGCCCUCUACGCGCCCGCCGGCUACAGCCCGCCGCUGCCCGCCGGCGCCCCCUACCCGCGGGGCUUCACCAUCGACAGCCUCAUGGGCGGCGCCGAGCUGGCCCCGCCGCCGGGCGUGGAGCUGGGCCCCGGCCCCGAGCCGCCCCCCGCCGCCUUCCCGCCCGCCGGCCUGCUGGGCCGGGCCUACCCCUACUCCGCCUCGCCGCCGCCCCACCUGCCCGGGCCCCCCGGCGGCUACUCCCCGCCCAGCGGCGCCCCGCUCUACGGCGCCGCCGGCCGGCUGGGCCUGCAGCCCGGGCGCUCCUGCGCCGAGCCCCCCGAGCCGCUGCUGGCGCUGGCCGGGCCGCAGUUCGGCCCCAGCCCCGCCUACGGGCGGCAGCCCGGCUUCGCCUCGGGCCUGGAGCGGUACAUGUGACUCCGGCGCGCUCUCCCCGGGCCUGCGCUGCGAGUCGGAGCAAGAGCCAUGGGCAGACCUUUCCCGUGCUGAUGGGGGACGCACACGCUGCACUUGAAUGGCAUCUCUCUCUCGCUCGCGCGC